AUGAAUUGUAUACAGAGAGUAACUAUCAAUUAUGGAAGAUCAUUCACUUAUAUACGGCAAAGACAAUUAUACGGAGCAAGAUUUAAACCUACUUCUACAACAACCAAAGUAAUAUCCGAACCCCAGAAUAAAAUACCUAGACCCAAUGUAAGAUGGUUUUAUGCUUCUGAUGUACCAAUUUCCAAACCUGAAUGGUUUAAUUAUAAACAAACAAAACAACCAGAAUCAUUUAUACCAUUUUCAGAAUAUGAUUCAAUAAAUUUAGAAAAAGAAUAUCAAAAAUUAAAUAAAAAUCAUGAGCGACAACCAAAACCAAUUGAAGUAAAUGAAGAUAAAUUAUUUGAAGUAAAUGUUAAAAAUUAUCAAUUGAGUCCUGCUUAUUGGGACGGUCCCAUAUAUGAAGUAAGAAGAGGUAUAUGGUUUGAUUCAGAUGGGAAACCAUUAAAUAAAGAUUUAACAAAUGAAUUAGAAAAUGGAUUUAAAAAUGUAAAACCUUAUUUAUUUAAUAGUUCAUAUGGUGAUAAAAAGUCUAAGUCUAAUAAGGAUAAAAUUUCGAAAUUUAAUAAAUAUCAAAAACAAAUUGAAGAACAACAGGAAAAAGAAGAAAAUGAAGUUGAUGUUAGCGGACAAAAAGAUGUAUACAAAUUAAAUAAUGAUCAACUUGUCUUAUAUUUUAAUGAAAAUCAAGCUGUUAUAUUCCCCAAGACAUUAGCAACUGAUUUUCAAAUUGAUAUAAUAAGAUAUUUUGGACCAAAUCCUGUAUCAUUAUUAGGAGUUGAACAUAUAGAAAGAGGUUAUUCUGAAAAAUUAAAACAAAGUUUAUUUGAUAAAUUACCAAACAAUCCAUUACCUGGUAUAGCAGAUACUUUUCAAACUGAAUUCGGAAAUAUAUUAGGUAAGGAGAAUGAAGAGAAGAAAGGAGAGAAUACUGAAGAAGAAAUAAAUGAAGAAGAAUCAACAAAUGAAAUUGAUGAUAAACAUAUGCAACAAUAUCUUGAAACAGAUUAUGAUUUAGAAACUUCAAAAACAAAAUCAAAUAGAGAAAUUGAUCAUUUAAUAUUAUGUGUUCAUGGAAUUGGACAAGUUUUAGGAAGUAAAUAUGAAUCAGUUAAUUUUACUCAUAAUAUAAAUGUAUUAAGAAAUACAAUGAAAAAAGUAUUUGAAGAAAAUGAUGAAUAUAAAAAAUUAAUAUCCUCUAAUGAUAAGAAAGUUGAUCAACUAAAUAAUAAAAUUCAAGUAUUACCAAUAUCAUGGAGACAUAAAGUUGAUUUUUCACCACAAAUGACCAAAAAUGAAAAUAAAGAUUCAAGAUUACCAACAUUAUCACAAAUUAAUGUUGAUGGUAUAAGAUCUUUAAGAAAUGUAGUUGGAGAUGUUAUAUUAGAUGUCUUGUUGUUUUAUCAACCAAAAUAUUUAAAUCAAAUUUUUGAAGCUGUAAUAUCAGAAAUGAAUAAAGUUUAUAAAUUAUAUAAACAAAAAAACCCAAAUUUUAAUGGUAAAAUUCAUUUAUUAGGUCAUUCUUUAGGUUCUGCUAUAAUAUUUGAUAUAUUAUCUGGUAAAAGUAGUACAAUAAAUGGUAAAAAAGAUAUUCCAAAAGAUUUAGAAUUCAAUGUUGAAAAUUUGUUUUUAGUUGGUUCACCUGUGGGGUUGUUUAAAUUAUUAGAAGGUAAAAACAUUGAAGCAAGAUCUGAAGUAAACUCUAAAGAAUCAGAAAUUAUUGUUUCACCAAAUUGUAAAAAUUUAUAUAAUUUAUUUCAUCCAUGUGAUCCAAUAGCAUAUAGAUUAGAACCAUUAGUUACUCCCAAAUUUGGAGAUUUUAAAGCAGUACCGAUAGAAUUUGCAGUAAAAGGAAUAAAUAGUCAAAUAAAAGAUUUAGCAAAUUUUGGUGAUGAAAUUUCAGAAAAAAUUUCUUCUGCAGUAAAAUGGUUAAGUUUAACUCAAAAACUGAAAAAUAUAAAAGAUCCCAAAACAAUUGAAGAAGAAGCUUCAAAUGAAAAUGCUUUAGGUGAUUUAAUUUCAAGUAUUGCAUUAUCUGAUAACACCACCGAAAAUGAAUCAAAGAAAAAUUCAAAAUCUGAAUCAACAAAAAGAAAAUUAACAUCCAACGAAUUAAUUAAAUUAACUUCAUUAAAUGAAACUGGUAGAAUUGAUUAUAGUUUACCAAUGGGUGUAUUAGAUUUAAGUUUAGUAUCUGCUGUUAGUGCUCAUAUAUCAUAUUUUGAAGAUGAAAAUACAGCAGGAUUUUUAAUGAAAGAAAUUUUAUCAAAAAAAGAAGAACCUGUUGAUAAAUCAGUUACAUUAUAUUAA